CGGCGUCGCGGCACCGACGCUGCCGCACAGGAAUCCAAUCGGGAAAAGUAUUUAUCGCCCGUAAACGUUCCACGGAUCAUCGUCUCGCGCGUGAUGGCACGCGAGAAGCCGUAACAUCAAAGCCCCGGGCCACGGCACAUAAAUGGCGCAGGAAAUUCCUGAGACAACGUACGAGCCGGAAGUCGAAGAGGACGCGAGGCGGAAGCGCGAGCGUCGGGUCGUUCAGGAGGGCACGGCGUUAUGGAGGCGGCGGAAGGAGGAGUUGCAACGUCAAAAGCACCGCGAACAACGUGAACUGCAGGAAAUUCUGGCCACUUACUCGCCGUGGGGGAAACCGGGCGGUGGCGCGCCCUGCGCGGCCACUCUGAGGAAGAAAAACGUGCCUCUGGAGCCGCUCGAGCCGUCGGGGUGUCACAGUUUUGGUCAGGGCUGGACGAGCAACGCUACGAUCGACAGAUUGCACAAGAGGAACACGGACCCUCUAGCUGUUGCGGACAUGAAUAAAUUCUACGAUGACAGGGCGACGGCAGGUAUCGGAUCGGAAACACAACCGCUGCAGGACACGAGAAACCUUUAUAAGGAGGAGGUUCAGGUGUACGAGCUAACGGGUGGUGUCGAACUGGUGCCUCUGUUAACCUGCAGGCGUUAUCAGUCGCAUCCGCAGACCACACGCUACCUUGUCACGGACGCCACUCGUCCAGGAUACACGAUAGAAUCGCUUCGCGCGCUCAGCAUCGCCAAUCGGGAGUACAUCGCGGAUCUGGCCGAGCAGAUACGACGCAAACGGGACCGAGCUUUGGAGGAACGUCGAAUGGAACAGGAGAGCUGUCGCAGGCACUUCGAUACUUGGAAGAGGCUAUGGGGCAGACCGGGCCACGGCGCUCCCAUAGAUCACGCGCAACGGAACAAUCUCUACAACAUCCUCCAUCGCCCGGCUAUCUAUUGAAUUUUCCUGUAAAGCGUUUCGCUUCCGAGCAACCGUAAAAGCGGAGAGAGACUUCUCGCGCUCUUUAAAAAAAAAAAAAUGCCGCUUUUUAUUAUACAAAUCGAAUAAGGAGACGACCAUUAGCGGUAACGCAACGCAAAAUUAGAACGAUGGUUUCAGAGAAAAAAAUGUGACGGAAUAAGAUCGUUAUGUAAGUCGUUCUACCGUUUUGACUUAUAUAAAUCGCUGUACCAGAUCGAAUUAAAAUCGAUCGCACACGUGACCGCUAUUUCAUCCAUCUAUGUUUUAAUAAAAUUUCGAAAGGAAAAUGCAAGAUACAACGUCGUUCUCGAAAUAAAGUAUUCUUACGUGGAAGAUGCGCUAUAGAUUGCUAAUUAAGAAAUUGAAUCUCAAAUUGUGAACGAAACCAAUUAAUUUUCAAAGAUAUUGUCUCAACGUGUCGCUCUCUUCAAAAAUGAUUCUUACACAAAUGGAAGAAGUAAUGAAAAAUUAUAUGUGAGAGCGGUAGCGAAGAAUUAGGAUAGAAAAAUGUUAACGUCAGCGCCCUUUGUUUCUUAUGAGUCGACUUGACAUGAAAAAGCGAAAAGAGCAUAUCGGAUAACCUAUUAAAUUUCAUGAAAGCCUUGUAAGAGUGAGAGAGAAAGAGAGAGAGAGAGAGAGAGCGAGAGAGUAAAGAGUAGCUUGAUAAACCAGGACCCAUGAGUGACGCCGCGAUUGACCAGACCUCAAAGGAGCAAUCUCGUGAGAAUCUAGUUGCUGUACGCGCCCGUCGGGUCGAUAGGUUUUAAAUUUCAUGAACAUCAAGGAACGGUCAUUUGAAUAUAUGUAUGUAUAGGUGCUUGUAUAUAAACGCGCGUGGCAUGAGCGAGGUCACCAUCACCGUGAAAAGAAAACGUAAACUUCCAUCAGUCAUCGUGUCGGUGAAAUCUGGGGGGAGGGUACACUGUUGCUUCAAUCUUUCUUAUCUCCGUCGAAAAGGAAGCCCAUGUAAUUUAAAUCCUGUAAUUUCAGAUGCCUGUGAAACGAUAAACGACACUUUAGACGCUUGAAAUUUUAGAGCCAAGCAAAAGAAAGCUGAGCGCUUAAAUGUAUAUUACCUAUUUGUUAAAAAGAAUUUACACAACGCGCGCGCAAACAAGCUUCCUAUUUUUUUCUCGCUGUCGUCGUUAAUAAUUUUACGCCGUUGUUGGUGUAAUUUAGGCCAUGAGUGCAGAGUAUGAAAAUUACAUUAUUUAAUGUACGCACACACACACGGCUGUUAAAAAAUAUAUUAUUUGGGAAAGACAUGCGAGACAAUUAAUUAUGUUUAUUCAUUUUGUUGUCUGAUAACACCUUCAUUUGUUUUCACAUUAUUAAAUGAGUCACUUGCUACGGGAGCCACGUAAAUUGUAUUCUAUACCGUUGGAAUGAAAUUAACGUGAUGCGAAUAUAAACUGACGCUGAGUAUUGAUUUUACCGAGCUUUUCGUUAACCGAGCUUACGCUGCUUCCAAAUAAGUGACUCGAAUAAUCAACAAAAAUCGCGAGAGACAGAAGGUCUCUCGAAAAGAUUUUCGAAUUAUUUAA